CUGAAAGCACGCGGGUCAUCUGACCUCCCACCCAUCUCAUCCUUUCUCGAGCUCUCCCCGUUCUGCUUCUUUCGUCAUGUCAUUCCCGGAACCCAUCGCAAUUAUCGGAACAGGCUGCCGAUUCCCUGGCUCCGCAUCAUCCCCAGCCCGGCUCUGGGACCUCCUCCAUCACCCGCGCAAUGUAGCCUCCAAGACCCCUGCUGACCGGUUUAGUCAUGACGCCUUCUAUCAUCCUGAUGGCCAUCAUGGCACGAGUAACGUCCCGGAGUCCUACUUUCUCGCUGAGGACGUCCGUGCAUUUGAUGCACCCUUUUUCAAUGUCUCUCAUGCCGAAGCGGAGUCUAUGGACCCUCAGCAACGACUGCUGUUGGAGGUCGUCUAUGAGUCCCUUGAAACGGCAGGCUUGAAAAUGGAAGACCUCCGAGGCUCUGACACGGCUGUCUUCUGUGGUCUUAUGAAUACUGACUAUGGCAAUCUCGCUAGCCGUGAUUGGUCUGAGGUACCCACGUAUACCUCAUCUGGAACAGCAGCGUCGAUGCUGGCCAACCGUGUCUCCUUCUUUUUCGACUGGCACGGCCCCUCUAUGAUCAUUGACACCGCAUGCUCCUCUAGCUUGGUGGCCCUUCACCAAGGUGCAAGUGCCCUGCGGAGUGGAGAGUGUCACCUAGCGGUAAUAGCCGCUGGCAACCUGAUAUUUAGCCCACGAGAGUACAUUGCCGCUUCCAAGAUGCACUUACUUUCCCCCACCGGGAGGUGUCGGAUGUGGGACGAGAACGCGGAUGGCUAUGCACGGGGUGAGGGUAUAGCUUCUGUGGUGCUGAAGCGCCUGGGUGAGGCCAUCGCGGACGGAGACCCUAUUGAAUGUAUCAUUCGCGCCACAGGGGUUAACACUGACGGACGCAGUAUGGGAAUUACCAUGCCAUCUAGCAUAGCUCAAUCACAGUUAAUACGCUCAACCUAUGCCAGCAUUGGGCUGAAUCCGGUACUCCGUCCUGAAGAUCGGUGCCAAUUUUUCGAAGCCCAUGGCACCGGAACGCAGGCUGGAGAUCCACAAGAAGCCACCGCAAUCUAUGAGGCGCUCUUUGGAGAUUUGUUGCCACCUAAGGAAUCGUCUGAGGAACUUCUGUACGUGGGAUCGAUCAAAACCAUCAUUGGCCACACAGAAGGAGUCGCCGGCUUAGCGGGCGUUAUAAAGGCCUCCUUAAGCGUUCAGAAAGGUAUCAUUCUCCCAAACAUGUGCUUAAAACGCAUAAACCCCGUCAUUGCACCUCUCACAUCUCGACUUCGUAUACCAACCGAGCCAAUUCCGUGGCCUAGCCUUGCCCCGGGCGUUCCUCGCCGGGUUUCGGUCAACUCGUUUGGGUUCGGUGGAAGUAAUGCACAUGCGAUUAUUGAGAACUAUGCUCCACCCACGAAGCUCGCCUUGAGACAUACCUUGUCCCCUCAGAUGCUCCCAUUUACUUUCUCUGCAUCUACAGAACAAGCGCUCACCAAUGUUCUGGAACGCUAUGGUGCAUUUCUCCAAAAUAACCUUGACGUCGAUUUGGUCAGCCUGGCAGAGUCUCUCCUAAAGCGACGAUCAGUAUUGAUUCACCGAAUAAUUUUUACAGCGGCCUCAAUCGGAGAUCUGCAAAACAUGAUUCAGGUAGAGCUCGAGAAGCGGAGGUCAGCGAUAGCCUCUCCGUCUACUGUGUCUCAACCUAAAGAUGCUCCGAGGCGAGUAUUGGGUGUUUUCACUGGUCAAGGCGCGCAGUAUCCGCAGAUGUUUUGGGACCUAAUCUCAGCCAGUCCACGAGCUCUUACCUGGAUGACAGAGCUUCAAGAAUCUCUGGAUAACCUUCCAUCACAAUACCAGCCAGACUUUUCGAUGGUCCAGGAGCUUUCAGCCCCCGACUCAUCCUCAAGGCUUCAUGAGGCAGCCGUGUCUCAACCUCUUCGCACCGCUAUUCAGAUCAUACAAGUCAAUUUCCUACGAGCUCUCGGCGUAAGCUUCUCCGCGGUUGUCGGGCACUCCUCGGGCGAAAUAGCGGCAGCUUAUGCCGCUGGCGCUAUCAAUGCAUCUGAUGCAAUCCGGUUGGCGUAUCUGAGAGGCCUCAUGACCAAAUAUGCUGGCGCCAAUGGCCAACCUGGGGCAAUGCUGGCUAGCGGAAUUCCCUGGGAAGAAGCGCAGGCACUGUGUGAUGAAGGCUUCGACGGGAAAGUUAGAGUUGCUGCAAGCAAUUCUCCUGUCAGUGUUACGUUCUCCGGGGACUUAGAUGCUGUGCAGGAGCUUGAAUGGAUGUUAAAAAGCUUAGACCUCUCAGUGAGGCGCCUCCGUGUGGAUGUAGCCUACCACUCCCACCAUGUGGUGCCAUGCGCUGUACCCUACCAUCAUGCUCUCGAGGAAUGUGAAAUCCGAGCAUAUCCUGUGAUGGUUAAGUGGUUUUCGAGCGUGUACAAGAGCAAAGAAUUGCAGACAGGAGACCUCAGUCCCCAAUACUGGUGCCACAAUAUGCUCCGUCCUGUAUUAUUCUUUCAGGCAGUGAAUGCAGCAUUUGCAGACAAUCCCGACAUUGAACUUGUGGUCGAAGUUGGCGCACAUCCUACGCUCAAGGGGCCGAUUUUGCAAACCCUAUCUGAUAUUAAGGGCUCGGAGCCUGAGAUAGCCUAUCUUGGCCUGGCUGAGCGUGGGGCCAGCAGUCCGGAGGUAUUUGCUAGCGCCAUUGGUUCCUUCUGGACACACCUGGGACCAAACCUUGACAUACAACGUUAUAUGUCUCUAUUUGAUCAUUCAUAUGGAAGCCGCUUUCUGAAAGGCCUGCCCACGUAUCCUUUUGACCAUUCACGAUCUUACUGGACCUUAUCACGCCUUACCAAUGCCCGCCUGCACUGCAUUGACCCACCGCAUCCUCUUUUGGGAGCCCUCAGCCCAGAGACAGGUGAAAACGAAUGGCGCUGGCGCAACCAUUUGAGCCGGACACAAUUGAAUUGGCUUAGCAACCAUCAGAUCCAGUCUCAGGUCGUAUUCCCUGCAACGGGAUAUAUAGCCAUGGCGUUGGAAGCAGCUGCAAUAAUGGCGCGUGGUUUAUCCCUACGUCUAGUAGAACUCGAUAAUGUGUGCAUCAAGCGCGCUAUUCCCAUCCCUGAUGAUCCAUGUGGAGUGGAGACUAUCUUCAAAGUGGAGCUGAUAGAAUGGAAGGACAAUGUUGUCCUAGCAGCCUUCCAAUGCUAUGCAAGCCUUGCUGGGACUCUGAGGACAUGUGCUUCGGGAAAACUCACUGUAUUGCUGGGCGAAAAAGAUCCUAUGUUACUGCCUCCUAGAUCUUUUCCGGUCGCGAUAUCACGGCCAGUAAACAUUAAUUCUUUCUAUGCAUGCUUGGACAGGUUUGGGUUAGGCUACAGUGGUGCUUUUCGGGGGCUGAAGGCUCUUACUAGACAGAUGGAUGGGUCAAUGGGUAUAGUUUCAGGGAACGACCUGACGACGUCUUUACUCCUACAUCCAGCGACCUUGGAUUCCAGCUUGCAGGGCCUGCUAGCUGCGAGAAGCCCUGAAGAGCUUCGCAUGCUACAUAUUCCUGUGUCUUUUGAGCAUAUCGCCAUAAAUGCACUGUUGUGCAGGCAAGCUAGGGAUGAGAUUUCCAUUGAGACCUUUCUCUACGAUGUCAACCCUGACGGCAUGACGGGUGAUAUAAACGCGUUUGACAUCAACGGCCAUGGAAUUUUUCAAGUCGAGGGUUUCCAUGUCGCUCCGCUCACAGCUGCUGAGAAUCGUACCAUGUUUUCAAAGAUUGUUUGGGGGCCACUUCUACCUCGGGCUAUUCCGAACAACACAUACCAAGAUCCCAAGACCCAGGAAGAACUCCACUGGGCGGAACGCUGCGCUCUUCUAUACAUGAGAGAUGCGCGGGAACAGCUGGCUUUCAAAGGGUGCGAGCAUCUUGACUGGUACCGUUCUCGUAUCAUCGCAUGGAUGGAUCAUGUUCUGUCCACAACACAGAAGGGCACCCAUCCGAUUUGCCGUCCAGAAUGGCUAGACGGCACUAUAGCUGACCUCAUAGAUAUGGCUCCCGCAGCCAGCAAGGCUUGGUCUUCUUUACGGGUAGCAGGGGAGAAUUUGCUACGGUUUAUUAGAGGAAAGAGUGUGACAGGCCAGCAAUGUAACCUCGAUGGGGGCUCUAAUCUGAAGGACCCUUUCGAUACCAGGUUCAGCAACUCGCAACUUGCAAUGUUCAUUGGGCAGAUUGCUUUUCGCUUCCCUCAAAUGAAAAUUCUACAAGUUGAUGCAGGAAGUGGCUCUGUCACAGAAUCGGUCCUGAAUGAAAUCAACCUAUCAUAUCACUCAUACACAUUCACAGACACUUCCCCAGACUUGUUUGAGGCGGCACAAGAGACUCUAGCUGAACACAAAGAUAGAUUGGCCUAUCAGGUACUUGAUCUUAUGUCGGACCCCUGCAACCAAGGUUUCAUAGAGCGCUCCUAUGAUCUUGUUGUCGCGGCCGACACAACGUAUAACACCAGAGGCCUGGUGCAGGCUUUGGCGAAUAUUCGACGCCUGCUCAAACCUGGUGGGUAUCUGGUUGUCCGUGCUGUCACUAAUACCAACAUCAACCGUCUUGCACUGAUCAGUUGUUUUGAGAAGUGGUGGUAUGAUGAGGAAGGCCACCCACAAAGUCCAGUCAUUAGUCUCCAGGAAUGGGAGCGGUUACUUGAAAACACAGGCUUUGGUGGAUUCGAAGCGAUUUCCCCAGCAGGUCAACUCGAAUCCGGCUCAACCUUUGUCACUCAGGCGAUUGGUAACCGCACCCAACUACUCCGGGAUCCCUGGAAUUUUUCAGGGAUCUUACCGGAUAGCCUGCUGCUGAUCGGUGGUGCAACAGAGGCAACGGCGGGCUUGGUUUCAGCUUUGAAAGCCUUACUCGCGCCACGUUUUCAUCACUUGGUCGUUGCGCCAGCUCUCGACGAAUUGAAUCUGGAAGAUAUAUUUGGGUGGUACGUUUUGAAUCUAAGCGACCUAGACUCGCCUUGCUACGAGGACAUUACAUCCAACUGUCUCGGAGGUCUGAAGAUGCUUAUGAACAGUGCCAGCAGGCUUCUGUGGGUAACUGCCGGUCCGGAGAGUAAGCAGCCCUACUGGGGCAUGAGUAAGGCUAUGAUUCACUGCGUCGCCUAUGAGAACCCACAGUCUGUCUUCCAGUAUUUGAACGUGCCCGAUCAUGAAGAGGUCACUGCGCCUACUCUGGCUACGAUUUUCAUGCGCCUAAUUCAUGCCCCUAUGGACAAUGACCAUGACCUGGACACCUGUGUGGAUAGCACGGAGUUCGAGUUGCAGCUUGUGAAUGGGACGCUGCACAUCCCACGUAUCCACUUUGAUGAUUCCAGGAACGAACGGUACUCAGCAAGCCAUCGUGUUGUCAAUGGCUUAGCUGACCUGCAACAUUCCACGGUGCAGGUCAUUCCUCCGUCAAGCAGGUGCAGUGAGCUUAUCUUGAGCGAAAGAUCGAAAUCAGAGCAAGUUGCCAAAGAGCGCCACCAAUCUUAUCGUCCGCUUGCGGUACGAUUCUCAACAAUGACCGCGUUCAAGGUGGAUGGUGCUGGGUUUCUGCACUUGACAAUCGGUCGAGAUGAGAGUGACAAGACACGGUGGCUAGCACUAUCCGACCAGCACGCUUCAGCUAUUGCGACACCGCUAGACUGGUGUUGGCAGAUUCCAGACCACGUGAGCGAGAAAUCGGAACCGGCCCUGUUGAUGAGAGCAGCUGCAGCCAUGUUAGCUAUUCACAUUGUAAACAGGGGAACCCCAAAUACGUCUAUUUUGGUCUACGGAGCCGAUAGUCUAUGCAACGCUGUCUGCGAUGCACUUUCGGAAUUUGCUUUGGGACGAAGUAUCCGGGUAUGUUUCAGCACCAGCGUUCAAACUACUCCGCCGAAGGAAGAUAUGCUGUUCAUUCACGAGAGGAGCUCUUCCCGCACUCUGUCUCGUCUCCUGCCAGCUAACCUAUCUGUUAUUGCCGGAUGUCGGGCGACAUGCGGUGUUUACACCCGAGUCAAACCUCUCAUUCCUGAGGACGUUAUCCACAUAGACAUUGCCAGUAUUAGCAGGGUAUCCUCGAGUUUGCUGGGGGUUCUUGACUCCGUCACUGUCAGGAAGACGUUUCUGGCAGCCUGUGAGUUUGCGUUGCAAACAGCCACAUCGCAGGAAGACGUCAGUCUUGUUCCUGUUCAGAACUUGCAAGGGACUCCACCAGGAGCAAAUCAACUGGGAAUUCUGGAUUGGUCUCGGCCAGGUCCAGUACCUGUUCGGAUUCAAACAGCAGGCUCUAUGAUUACAUUGUCCGCACACAAGACCUACAUGCUUGCUGGUAUGACUGGUGAUCUCGGACAAUCUGUCUGUCAGUGGAUGGUCAGUAGGGGAGCUCGAGCUAUAGUUCUCGGUAGUCGAUCCCCUAACGUUGAUGUGCAAUGGAUUGAGGAAAUGGCAAGUCUGGGAGCCCGGGUCGUACCAAUGACAAUGGAUGUCACUAGCCGCGAAUCCAUCAGUCGCGCUUAUGCCGCCAUCUGUAGUGAAAUGCCUCCAGUUGGGGGCGUUGUCAACGGGGCGAUGGUGCUUAAAGACUGCCUCUUCGCUCAAGUGACACUAGAAGAUAUGCAGAGCGUGAUUGCUCCCAAGGUUCAAGGCAGCGUCAUUCUAAACGAGGUUUUCGGUGCCCUCGAUCUAGAAUUCUUUAUCCUCUUCGGAUCAGCCGCUGGGCCAUUGGGCAAUGUGGGACAAACGGCCUAUUCGGCCGCCACUGAAUUCAUGUCAGCACUCAUCCAACAGCGACGCGAGCAAGGCCUGGUCGGUAGCAUCAUUCAUCCUGGGCUGAUCAAGGGGGUGGGUUAUUAUGAACGAGUAGGUAGUGCGCGUCAGAACAUCAUUGAGCAAAACACAGGCACCCCACAGUUGACGGAGCAGGACCUGCAUGAGCUCUUUGCCGAGGGUAUUCUCGCGGGGCAUCCCGAUUCUGGCAGAGACGCCGAGGUGAUUGCGGGAUAUACAGUCAUUGACACUGCUGAAAAUCCUAACGCAUUGUGGCUACGGAAUCCAAAGGCCUGGAAUCUGAUAAAGCAUACCACUCACCCGGCCACGCCGGCAUCUAGCAGUGAUGACAGCGUUCCAAUCCUGAUACAACUUGAAUCGGCCAAGAGCAUGGUUGACGUCGUCGCGAUCAUCGCUGACGGCUUUAUCAAGGAGGUCCGUUCCAGGCUGCGGCUUUCUACGGAACAGUCACUCACCAAAGUGUCUGCGUUGACCGAUAUGGGAGUGGAUUCUCUUGUGGCCAUUGAAUUGCGACGUUGGUUUGUCAAGGAGUUGUUUAUUGACCUUCCUGUGUUGAAAAUCAUAGGGGGUGCCUCCAUCCACGAGCUGUCCAGUUUUGCUGCCUCGAAGCU